AUGGACAAGUAUGUCUGUGCGGGAGAGGCCUGCUUUGAAGGUGAUUACAUCUGCAUUGCUAUAUCUCAUGCCAAUAUAGUGCAAGAUGUCAAUUCCGGAAACUUUUUGACUUCCCCUUGUAUUAAAUUUAAGAUUAUAAUUGCAAAGGCUGGAACAGUAAAGACAUCACACUCGACUUCAAAAAGUACCCAAGCUCAAGAAAAAGCUUAUUGUGAAAUUAGGAAUCUUCUCUCAAGAGGACAACCUUUAAAACAAAAAAUAAUGAACGAGCUUCAUUAUGUCAAGGCUUUUACAGGCGCUGUAAGGUGUUUAGAUCACGAUAUCGUACUCUCCGGAUAUAGAAUUCCAACAGGGAAUUUAGUAGCUUGUCGUCAGGAACAAUACUUUUACCAAGCUGAUAAGUUUAUUCCCGAGAGAUGGUUGGAAGAUGAUAAACAACAUCAUCCUUUUCUGUUUUUACCCUUUGGAUUUGGAAAAAGAAUGUACAUUGGACGAAGAAUUGCCGAACAAGAGAUGCUUCUUCUAAUUACAAAAAUAGUACAAAAUUUUCAUGUUGAAUAUAAUUACGAAGAUAUCGAUUGUUAUUAUAGACUGGGCAAUGUUCUGGAUAAGCCUUUGAGAUUCAUAUUUAUUGAUCGACAGUAAAUCGAUAUUAUAAAGUGUACCUCG